CCAGGGCUUCCCCCACCCAGCCUAGGACUCGCGAGGAGGCGUGUCCUUGCCAAGGCGGCUGCUGCUGCUGCUGCAGGAGGCCACUUGGGGCUAUAAAAGAACUGCACAGGCGCUGGCUCGAGCUUUACUCCCAGCCUCGGCACUUUGAAAAGACGCAGGCCGAGCCGUGCAGCGCCGUCUGUGCGCCUGAGGGCAGAGAGCGAGGGAGAGGGACGCACUUAUAGCCACAGAGGGCGCUGGGCAAGCCCAAUGCGUGGACUAGCCGCCUUUGCAACAUGCUGGAGCUACAGAUCAGCUAAAAGGAGUCUGCACGCAGCUGCUGGGGCUGGAUCGCAACGCUCUCUUUCCUUAUGAAGAAGGCACAAACUUGGAUUAUCACUUGCUUUUAUCUUCAACUGCUCCUACUUAAUCCUCUUAUCAAAGCCCAAAGUCCCUGCGGGAAUCCUGUGACAGAUGAUGUGAAUGACAUUGCAAAACUGGUUGGGAAUCUUCCUAAUGAUUAUUUGAUCACCCUUAAAUAUGUCCGGAAGAUGGACACUCUGCCUAAUCAUUGUUGGUUGCAUUUGAUGGUUCCUGAAUUGUCAAAGAGUCUGAACAAUCUUCUCAACAAAUUUACAGAAUUGUCAGAAAUGUCAGAUGUCUUAAGUAAUUAUUCAAUCAUCAAUAAUCUCACAAGGAUCAUCAAUGAUCUAAUGGCAUGUAUGUCUUCUAAUAAAAAUAAGAAUUUUAGAAAACAAAAUAGCCAUCUUUAUGAAGAACGUACAUUCGUUCCCAGAGACUUUUUUCAGCACUUUUAUAGCACGAUUGAAAUCUAUAAAGUCUUUGCAAAAGCACCAGUACAGAGUGACUGUGUGAUGCUUUCAGCAACAGAAAUGCCCCAAAAUGAUUCCAGUAUCAGCGUCUCAAAGCCAUUUUUUUUACAUCCCGUUGCUGCCAGCACCCUAAGGAAUGACAGCAUUGGUGAUGCCAGCAAGAAAGAAGCCCUGAGCUUCCUCAGCAGCCCCAGUGCACAAGGAAUCAGCAUAGCAGUGACUUCCAUGGUGUCUCUUUUUAUUGGGUUUAUUCUGGGAGCUGCAUGCUGGAAGAAAACACCCUGUAGACACAUACCGGAAAGUGACCAGGGAACGCAGUCUGAUGGCUGCCAAGAGGAUAAUGAAAUAAGUAUGUUGCAGCAAAAAGACAAGUCACUUCUACAAGUGUAGCUGUUGCUUUUUUAUAUACGCUGUUACUGUUUCAAGCCUGGGCAGCUAACAGUUUCAUGUUUGCUUCAUAAAUGAAGCAGCUUUAAGCAUAUUUGUAUUCCUUCCGAAGUGACAGACUGAGUCUGCAUCUGUUGUUGCUGCCCGUGACUCCAUAUUGAGAAUAUAGAGCUGUGGACAAAGAGUGUGCUACUGUGAAACCAACGUUGAAUUAGACAUCAUCAAAGAAGAGCCUGCAAUGAGGGACUGUAUUGUAUAAGCAGACACAUGUGUUGCUUUGCACCGUGGAAUUUGCAGUGGAUUUUGUCAAAUGCAUGAGCAAAUGAUUCUGGAUUUAUGCAACCCAACCCCAAAUGUCACAAGGGAGUUUGCAUUUUGUGUACAAAUGGAGACUCUGAAGAGGAGGAACAUGCAGAAAUGAGUGAGAAUAGACAAUCUACAGCACUGUACAUAAGACUUAUAAGGUUAUGCAGUGGACUACUGUGCUAGUUUUUCUUUCAUCUGAGGAACUGGGUUCAUAUUAAGGGAAGGUUGUGUGUGAAAUAAGAUUGGAUGUCUGUCAAGCUGUAAGUGAAAUUGUAUUCCAUAUCACAGAAAGCCAACAUGCACUUUGGCAGAGCUUUCGUAUCCAUUCAAGACAAGUAUACAUUGGAUCACAUAACAAGGAAAUUGUAAUAGGAUGGAACACUGACUGCUGGGAAUAGGGAGAUUCCCAUGAGUUCCAAUGAAGAAAAUAUGAAGUCAACAUCUGGAGUAGAAAAUUACCAGAUUUAUGAACAUGCAAUUUUCUUCUUGACAUUUACAAAAAUCUGGUCAUCUCGAAGAUACGAAGGUUUAGUUUAGCUUGUACUGUGUGUCAUUUAAUAUUUCAAAUAAAUAUUAAAAAUAAUAAGCUUUUCAUCACUUGGCAUACUCCAAUAAAUAUAUUUCAGCUCAAAUAAAAAGGAAAAUGUUCUUCUGAAUAAUUGUCAGUGUCUUGAUAUUAUUUGUAACAAAGACAUGGACAGCAAAUCCAAGGCUGAAAAUAAACUAAAUUGUUAUGUAUAAAUUUUGAAGGGGGGCACCCAAAAAUACUGAAAAUCUAUGUAGAAUGAACUUAAGUUGUUUCCUGAAAACAGAUGCAUGGGACUGUGUGUUCUGUGAAAUGGUUGGAUUGCGCCAUGUUCCAAACUACUAAUCCAAUAAUAAGCUUAAGCUACUAUGUUUGUUUAACUGUGGUUAAAAAUGCUCAUUUACAAUACAUUCAUAAAUGUAUCUAUGCUUAAGAAAUACUUUAUUUAAACUUAAAAGAUUUUCACAGAUUUAUUUAUUUAUUUUCAUAUCUUUCACAAGCUCUUAAAAGUAAUAUAUGAAAAGCUGUAGAAUAUAUUUAGAACUGAUUUAAAAUUCAACACAAAUUUGGCAUUUAUUUCCUGUGAAUUGUUUUUGGCUAGCAGUGAUGCUUUCUAAGGUGUCAAGACUACUGCCCCAGUCAAGAAGAGAGAUCUGCCUGCAUUCACAAUGUGGAUGCCCAUUUUGUGUGCAAUCGCCAUCCACAUUAUGGUGUUGAUAAACUGAACUGACUAUGUGAUGACUGAAGCCACCAGCUCUUGUGUGACUGCAGCUAUAGCUGAAUUGGGGCCUACGAUGGUGACUUUUCAACCUUUUUAGUCACUUAUUUGAAGUCUCUGUACAGCAGAAGAGAGAAAUAGAAAGAUUGGCUUGAAUAUGUUCUGCUACAGGUCCUGACAAGGAGGAAACCAGAGCUUCAGUCAAUAGCAACAUGCACCAAUAAAUCUCUAAACGCUCUAUAAACAUGCACAAGACUUCACAUUCCAGCAAGGGUUCUAAAGGAAGAUUAUGUGUGUAAUUUCGGAAACCUGCCUGUAACUUUCAGAAGGGGACAAAGAACAUAUUUGUUUUUUGAUCAAUAUGGCUUUGAAGGCAAUAUUGCAAACUUGUUGGAAUUUAUAGUGCAAAUCGUGCAGAUCUUAAGUUAAUACUGCAGAGUUUAAAACAAUGCCACAUUCUCUUUUAGCCUUAAAACAGACCAAGACAAAUUUUAAGGUCAAGAGGCAUUCACGGAGCCAACUAGAAAUUCCAAGUAUACUCCUCCUGGCAUUACUAUGCUUGCAUAACCAUCAUUGUUCUUGUUUUGAAUGUAAAUAACCUCCAUUAGCACAAAGUGUAACAGCAUCCCGUCAAAACUGAAGCUGAAUAAUCAUUUUGACAGUUAGUAACAUUUCAUUGGCUUUUUCUGCUUGAGAGGUUUGGUUGAGUGGUUUGGGCCUUCUCAGUUAAAUAUCACAAUAUCUGAAGAGUACAUCACUACUUAGGAUUGCCAGUGCCAAUCAGUAAACUGAUUUUGAAAGUCCUGUGUUUAUUUGGCUUCUUGUUUUGGUUGUGCUCACAGUUCAUCCUCCUUUUCUAGAAAACUAAAGUGACCUAUGGACAGAUUUUAAGUCCCAAGUUGUGCCAGAGUAGCUUAAGGGUACUGAUUCCACUACAAGGGCAAAACUGGUGUCCUUGUGCCAGAGCUAGUAUUCAGCCCUGUCACAGCAGCCGUGAAGUCAAUGUGGCAUGAUCAAGUUCAGUGCAAUCAUGUUAUCCACUGUGCUUGCUUUAAUAAUAGACUGCAAUUAUUCAUGACAAGCUGGGAAGCUUUGGGAGUCACAAGAGUCUGGGCAUCUACACACAGCUGUUGGGGCUUGUAAAGAGCCCCACCCAGUUUAGAGCAGUGGCAGGACAGAUGAACAGAGCCUCUGCUGGGCUCUGCAACCCUCACUCCCACAUGAACACUGCAGUGGCAAACUUGGUGCUGCAAAGGCCUCCAAGAAUCAGGAGAGCCUUCCCACAAUACCCAGAGGCUAUUCACACAAUGGAAGGAAAUCGGGCUAGUGGAGGCUAGCCCGAUUUCCUCCCAUCGUGAGAACCACCAGGCUUGGCUGUGAGCCUGGUGGUUCUUAAGCGGGCCACCCACUUAAGUAGCCCGAAAGUUAAACCAGUUUUGCAGAGCAAGCACUCCACAACCCCGGUUUUGUUGCUCGUGAGUUGGCGCGGCUCCGCAGCGUGGCUACUCACGAGGAGACCCCUAACAGGAAAGCUGAAAAGCAGUCUCCUGGCUCAGGGGUCUCUCCAGCAUGCCCUGCAUGCUCAUGGGGGGCAUGCUGGAGCUUCCGGGGGCCACGCAGCCCCCAAACUCCCCAGCCCCCGCCGGCUCCAUGACGAAGCCGGCAGUCGUGUGGGCAGCCUCUGCGGCCUCCCAGAGCAGACUGUCUGUUCAUCUGUGGGGAGAGCGGGCUUAGCCCGCUCUCCUCGCAAACCCUGUCAUGGCUCUUCUCACGGAUUGUGAGAAGAGCCUCACAAUGUGGCCAGAAUAAGGGCAACAUCUCAUUACAGCACAGCUAUGCUCUGACUGACCAUGUGGAGGCAGGAGGUGGGGCAAACCCCAUUCAAGCCCUUACAAGCUGGCAGUCAGAGACAGGAUUGUGCAAAGUGGCUCAUACACUGAGCAAAGCCACUCCAGCCACAAGUCUUUCUUUUAAACAUGACAAUCAGCUGCCAAAACCCGAAAAUGGUGAGGUAAGCAGUCACACGAUCACCACACCCAGAUUCCAGGAACCCUGCUGUCCACUGACCUGGGUUAAAACUGAUGGAUAGAAACAGGGUUACUCUGUUUUUGCAAACCUGGGUUUGGGCCCUUAGCCCUUGUUCACACACACUCAUAACCCCGGUUUGCCUACCCCUAACCUGGUUUAGUGUGAUCAUGUGAAGAGCCUCUCUGAGGCCCUACACAUGAUCAGUGUGUAGACUCUGAGGGGAGACGAGCAGGGAGCCGUCCCUGGGCAGCUGGAUCGACCACCCACAUGAUUACUGGCUCUAUCAUGGAGCCGGUAGGCGCGGUGGGGAUCAAGGACUGCCCGGUCCCUAGAAGUCCCAGGAUACCUUGAGGCCAGGGGGCUUGUUGGAGCCCCACCCGACCCCGGUUGGGAGUCUCCUCAUAAGUAACUGUGGCACGGAGCUGCACUGUGGCAGCUCACAAUCACCAAAACUUUUAAAGGGGUCAUAUUUACUGAGGUUUGCUGUCGGGAGCCACACAGCUUCCAUGGCAGCACACGACCACGGGAGUACCUUAGCCCGCUUUCCUGCAGUUGUGAGAAUCGCCUCUCUGUGUUUGUUCCCACAGGCCAAACUGCUGUGUAUGGGUGGUGAUUUUCGUGACUAUUUCUUUAAAGGAAAAUUCACAUCAUCAAGGACUGGGGGAGGAGCUUUCAUUGGGCAAGAUGAGGCAGUAGUCUCAAAAGUAUUGGGGCAUCAGUGGGGAAGCAAGAUGUCGUUGGCUGGCUCACCUGCCUCCUGUUGCCAACCUUGCUGAGUUGGUCCUCUGCCCCCUUCACAUCAGCAGUGACAUCUUCCACCACCUGGCUCAACAUGUACUCUCCUCCCUCCCUCCCGCUCCACUGUUGGGUUAGUAAUGAAAAUGGAAAGAAGUAGAAGUACUGCCCUCCCACUGUUUCCUCUAUCCAUUACUAGCCCCACAGCAGCAUACAAGGGAGGCAGAAAGGGGCAUAGUAGGUCAUGUGUCACUGCUGGGAACGAGAAGGAGGAUAUCUGUGCACAUGCCUCGCCAAGUAGUGAUAGCUAUUCCCAUCACACACACACACAAAAAAGGAGACAUGUACUGGGGAGGCAGCAUUAAGUGCCCUGUUUCAUUGAUGUCUUGGGCUGCCACUGAGCAAAAAGAAAGAGCAACCAUUUUUUCAACAAAGUCAAACUUGGCUUAUAAAAGCACAAACUGAAGAUCACUUGACACCCAUUAGUUACCCUUUAAUUAUCUUUUUAUAUGCAGAAUCAGAAUUAGAACAGGGUGAGGUUUCCCCCCCUAUUCUUUUAAUGCAUGUUUAUCAGAGAAGUGAAGAUGUGCAUCAGGGUUAGUGGUGUGAGGACAAAAGCAGGGUGUGCCUGAGCUUAUCAGGAUUAUUUAACCCUGAAUAAGGCACAUGGGAGAAUCUGUCUUACUCUUCAAAAGUAAACCUUUUUAAAAAAACUUAACUUCCUAAACUUAAAUCUAAAAAGUUAAGCCCAAUUGAUUGCAAGUUCUCAUGGCAUUAAAAAUUGUUUAUGCUAAGUCACUGGUGUGUGUGUGUGUGUGUGUGUGUGUGUGUGUGUUUAUUACCUUUUGUGGGAAUAGAAAGCAGCUAUUGGUAGACAAAUUCCAAUGUCCGAUUUUUAAGGGUGUUUACUUGAAUAAAUUAAUGAUACUUUUUCACUGCAAGUUUGUUUUAGAUCUGUGCUUAAUACACAUGUGCCAUACCAUGCCAUGUAUAUUUACUUUAAAUUUGGAAUGUGGUGAGCCUGUCCAGACUAUCCGUUCUGUACAUUAUGCAAUGGGCUGGUUCAAACAAUAUGGCACAGCAGCACAUAUUAACAGGAAAGGAUAUCCCCAGACAUCCCAGCACCCUCUGGUAUGUCCUUUAAUUGCUUGUGAGAGCUGUUCAUCUGAAUGGCCUCUAAACAUGUGUUCCAGACACUCCCAGGGCAGGAGACCCUUCUUAUUCACUUGUGCUGUAAGGUGGUAUCCUUUGAACUGGUCCAGUGUUAAUUCCCAAAUUCUCAAUUCAAUUAGCUGAAACUAUUCAAAGGUAGCUUUUUGAUUUAAGCAAUAGCUAGCCCUGCAUCACUAGAAAUGUUACUAAGGUGUUUUUCUAAAAAGAAGAAGAAGAAAAAGAAAAAGCUAUGUAUAAAUAGUUAUUAAAUAUAUUUAAGUCCUUGGAACAUGAAAACUUUCGUCUCUUCCUUAUUAGGCAACCAUUUGCUGACUGUAUCAUAGGUGAGAGUGAGUUAUAUUUUGAUGUGAACAUCAAUACAAUCUUGUGUAUCUGUAAUCUGAUUGAAGAUUAAUCAAAGUUUAUAAAAUGUAAUGUGUAUGUAUAAUAUGUGUCCUCUUAAAAAUAGAUGUAUACCUUUGUCCUUUUUUAUAUUGGUUGAAUCUGGAAUUACAUUAUAUACAUAUACUUUAUUGUUCUAAAUAAAGAAUUUUAUGCACUGCUA